AUGUUGUUGCAUCCAAACCUGAAUGGAAAAGAUGAAACUAUGUAUUUGGAUUAUUAUGCUAGCCAACUAAAUCUUGUGAAGCAAAAGUGCGUUCCGGGGGACUUAGGUAAUCAGUUGGAAGCAAAGUUAGAUAAGCCAUCAGUCGUGCACUAUCUCUGCUCUAAGAAGACAGACAGUUAUUUUACACUCUGGCUGAAUUUAGAAUUGCUUCUGCCCAUCAUCAUUGACUGCUGGAUUGACAAUAUCAGGCUGGUAUAUAACCGAACAAGUAAGAUCACAGAACCACCAGAUGGAGUGGAUAUCAGAGUCCCAGGUUUUGGGCAGACGUUUUCCUUGGAAUUCCUUGACCCAAGUAAAAGGAGUGUUGGCAGCUACUUUUAUAUGCUGGUGCAGAGUUUAGUAGAUUGGGGCUACAAACGUGAUGAAGAUGUAAGAGGAGCACCUUAUGACUGGCGAAAGGCACCAAAUGAGAAUGGAGACUAUUUUGUGGCCCUUCGCAAGAUGAUAGAGUUAAUGUAUGAGCAGUAUGGAAGUCCUGUUGUCUUAAUUGCCCACAGUAUGGGUAAUAUGUACAUCCUCUACUUCCUCAACCAUCAGACUCAGGAUUGGAAAGACAAGUACAUAAAGGAUUAUGUAUCAUUAGGUGCUCCAUGGGGAGGAGUGGCUAAAACUCUCCGUGUGCUGGCUUCAGGUGACAACAAUAGAAUACCUGUUAUCAGUUCACUCAAGAUUAGAGAUCAGCAGAGAUCAGCGGUUUCCACAAAUUGGAUGCUCCCCUACAACUACACAUGGCCUCCAGAUAAGGUCUUUGUAAGCACACCUAUAGCUAACUACACUCUUCGGGAUUACCGAAAAUUCUACAGGGACAUAAAUUUUGAAGAUGGCUGGCUCAUGAGACAAGACACUGAACCCCUGGUCUACCAGAUGACACCACCUGGUGUGCGCAUACACUGUCUUUAUGGUACUGGCGUGGAAACACCUGAUUCCUUCCAUUAUGACAGUUUUCCUGACAAAGAACCCAAGAUUCUUUACAGUGAUGGGGACGGUACAGUAAACUUACAGAGUGCCUUGCAAUGUCAAAAGUGGGUGGACAUGCAAAAACAGGAAGUGGUGAUAUUUGAGCUUUCAGGAAAUGAGCAUAUUCAAAUGCUAUCCAAUGAUACUACUAUCUCCUAUGUGAAAAAGCUGCUUUUUGAUUUGUGAUACCUUGUGUUGACAGUUAUUUUCCUCACCUGUGAUGCCUUCCCUUAAAUAUGGGAAAAUGCCUUUUAAUCCCUUGAUAUUUAGAUAUUUGAAUUAUUUAUUUUGUGUUUUUUUUUAAGGCUGUGUUCAAGAAGUUGUUUGGUGUCCUAAAUGAUCCUUUGUCUCCGAUUUGUGUUUAUGAUGCUUCAUGGUAUUUUCACAUUCUGCAAAUUUGGUCAAAUACGCAUUUUGGUGCCUCUGGUGUUGUGUCCAACAUUCAUACAGACUUUUGUUUGGAGAUUGUGCAGCCCCUUGGCACAUACUACAUAGAAUCAUAGAUACCUGAGUUCCUUUGUGUGGUCUUUGCAGGGUUUGGAGUGGGAGAGCUUGGAAGGAUUGCAAUUUCAGAUGCCCAUAAAACAAAGGCAUGAUACUAAUUUGGGAAGCACAGUAAACUUUUUAAAGGGUCUUGCAUAUUCUGAUCCACAGUUCCCAAUACCUUAGUUUGUAAUUGUGCAUAUCUACCAGGUAAGAUAGGGAAGAGGUCUGCCUGGUACUGUACUGCCUUCGUCAUAAUCCAGCCUUUUACUGCAGCUUUUGGGGGAAAAAAAGAUAGCUGUGUGAAUUACUUGAACUUCUUAUUAGGUACCUUUUUUUUUUAAAAAAAAAAGAAGAGGAAAUUGUUUGCUCAUCAAAUUCUAGAACCUGAUUACAUACAGUCUGGAGUCUGAGGAAUUCUCACCUUGUGCUUUAUUUAUCAAUGAGGGAAAGAAACUAAACAGUGGUCGGUGCUUGCAAUAACCGUAGCUGUGUGGAGCAGCACGUAAAUUAAAGCUAAUUGAAUUGAAUACUGGCAAACAAUCCAUACAGUGCAGAAUUGCAUUUCUGGGUGAAAAAUUAUUUCCUGUAGUGGAAAUGAUAAUGGAUGGUGGGCACUAAUUCAAAAAGAAAAGUUAACUUCCUGAAAUGGGGUGGGGAAUGGAAGCCAGCAUAAGUAUGAAGUAUAAACCUUGUUCUCAAUCAAAUACUUAGGCUCUGAUCCAGUUACUGACCAAGCAGUGAUUGGAUCAACACUGCAUUCAGCUGAAAAACUUUACAUUUUAAGACUAAAAUUCAUUUCCCAUAGACUACAAGUUUCAUUAUUGCUGUUUCAAGAAGUUGGGAUACACUGUUCCUUAAAUGUUUCUAUAAAUUGCUGAAUGUGCAACUCUGUUAAUUUCCUACAGUAUUGUUUUACUCAAUGUUUAAAAAAAAAAAUUUCAACUCUGAACUCCACAGAAAUGACAGCCUAAAGGCCAUCAUAUUUACAACCUUGAUUACAGAAGUCCUGUUGAAGAAAUAGCUUCACUCAAAGAUUCUCUUUUGCUUGCUUUAAAACCAGUCACCCAGUUAGACUGCACUUAGUUUUCUGAAAACACAAUUUUGAAUGCUUUCAAAAUGCUAGGUCCUCCAAGUAAAAUGUUUUAAGAGUUUCAGAAACUCAUCAGAACUACUGAGGAUUCAUUACUUAAGAAACUGAAGUUGUCUAAAGGGUAAAGUUUUUAACUGUCUUGGUAGCAUGCAUAAAAUGUUUGCUGCCAUUAAACAUAUCAAUAAGACGUGUUGAAAUGACAGGCUUGAACUCUUGUUACUGUAGAAUGUGAACAUUUUGGCAGAGGAGGUAGGUUUAAGGCUUUAAGUUUUAAUUCAGAAAUGACUUGUAAAUCCAGAACAACUUGAACUAGGGUCAUGGAUAAGCUAAAUAUCUUCCUAGGUUUUAACUUCCUUAUGUAGCUUUAUUUUCCCCCUGCAUUUUCCCUAUUACUUUGGUUGAGGGAGAGUACUCAUUUUCCUGAUUUUUUUAAAAUGGAACAUUUAUCUUGUCUUCAGUUGCCCAGGAACCUACAGUUCAGCAGCAAUAUUGCCUAGACUUUUCCAGAGUAAGUACUGAGAUGCCCCAAGUAAUUUGUAAUUGGUAACUGUUGAAGAGAAAAAGGAAAAAAAAAAAACCAAAAACAACAAAACCCCAAAAACAACAAAACCCACAAAGUCCUUUAGUCAAGUGUUCUAUUUUAUGCAGGGCUGUCAGCUGGAUAAGCUUCAGGCUUGUGUUCCAAGACUGCUCAAAGAUGAUAAAGCUCUUCCUGUGGUCUGACUCAAUUUUUGAAUAAAUUGCUAUGUUACUGGUUUACAACAGAAAGAAAUUACAGAAAACAGCUUAUCACAAUCUGUAUUUCUUGCUGAAGUAGAAUGCCUGUUAAUAAGCACUGGAACGAGUGAAGCUGGAGGCUGUAUUGCAGGAUACCAACAUGGGCAUCAAGGACUGAAAAAAUGAGAAAAGAACAUAGGUAAACAGUUCUUAACCUGAUCUGGAGAAUGUUUCUAAGCUUCAUUUAGAUCCUUACUCAUUAAUUGGUGGCAUUUCCAGUCUCAUACCAAGAGUUUAGCUUCAGGGUUUUUUGUGAUCUGAAGUUCCAAAAUACAUGAUUCCAAAAGAUGCUUUUUUUUAUUCUUUUUUCCUUUACUACUUUUUUAAUACUACUUUUUGUGCCCCAAAAGAAAAAAAAAAAUCUUUUCUAAUUUUGGCAAACUAGUACUGUUUCUGAUAUCAGUCGACUGUAUCUUUUAACCUAAAGAUUUGUACAUCAGCUUUCCAUUAGUAGAGAAGCCCUAGAGUGUGUCUCUUUACAUAAACUUGUGUUAGUUAACCUGGUAAAAUGAAACUGAAAGUUUUUCAAGGCUUUUUUUUGUUUUGUUUUGAUGUUAUUUGUCACUGUAAAGCCUUGUUGUGCAAGGAUGUGUGUACCUGUACUGUCUUAGAACAAGCAUGGUGCUUCUGGUGAGAUUUUGAUUGGAUGUGAUGGUUCUGUAGGCUAUAGUUCUGUUUUAUGUCCAGAAGUUGUGAUUUUUCUACCAAAUCAUCGUCAGCCCCUUCAUUUUCAGUUUAUUGCAUAUUAAGAUGGAGUUCUCAUUGAAAAGUGAAUGCAGCAAGUAAACUGUAUUAUUCUAGUCGUUGAAACUGAACCACUUCACUCAGCAUGUUGAAAAGUGCUUACUCGCUACGGCAUGUUCCUCUACAAGGCAAGAGUAUUUAGCAUUGCUGUUACAGGCCUGCUAGAGCCAUGUGCACUUGAGCAUUCUAGAUUCUUGUGGGGUCUGAAGAAAUAAAUCUUUAAGGAGAAGAGAAUGUGGCGCUUCCUUAAGAGGGCUAACUCAUGCGCUUUGCCACACUGCACAGUUGAAAUGCACAGUUGAAAUGUUUGAAUUUACUGACAUAUCUUCGUUAUAUCUAACACACUGGUCAUGUCUCUCUCUUUCCAUAAUUUUUACUUGGUUUUAUUCUUCCAGGGUAUUUUCAGAAACCAAAAAUAGUCUUGAGGACCAAACGUGUUUCUUAUUUUUGACAAAACGUAUAGAAAAUGCUGAAGAAGCUUUCAGCUGUCAUUUUAAUACUUCUGAAGAGGUGCAGAGUCACUAUGUGAUUCUGUUUAAAAACAGAAGGCUUCAAUAACUAGCAAUAAUUGCAAAGGACUUGCAGACCAAAGGAAGGAAUGUUUGGUAUUAGGGUAGUUCUUGGAGCACAGUGUGUUCAAGGCCCUCUUAAAUUCAGGGAAUGUUUGGCAAUGACUUUGCUGCUCUACACUUCACAGUAUUUUGUACAGAACAUAUUCUGAGACCUAGCAUUUUAUAUGCUCUUUUUGUGUAUGAAUGCAUUCAAUAGAUUUUGAAUAUUUUAUUGUCAAACUUUGAUAACAUAAUAAAGUUGAUCUAAUA